UACACAUCUGAAUUCUUGGACCUCUUAGACCACACUGUAAUAUCCUCCAUGCUGUCAGGUGUUAUCGCUGUCUAUUUCAUUCACAUUGUCUCUUCUCCUUCUCUCCCCGUAUCUCUCCACAGCGUGAGUGUAUCUCUGUUCACGUGGGCCAGGCUGGAGUCCAGAUGGGCAACACCUGUUGGGAGCUGUACUGCCUGGAGCAUGGGAUCCAGCCGGACGGACAGAUGCCCAGUGACAAGCCCACAGGUAACCUCGACGACUCCUUCACCACCUUCUUCAGCGCCACGGGCACCGGGAAGUACGUGCCACGCGCCAUCUUCGUCGACCUGGAGCCCACCGUUAUCGAUGAGGUGAGGACAGGCACCUAUCGCCAGCUGUUCCACCCUGAGCAGCUCAUCUCAGGCAAGGAGGAUGCUGCCAACAACUACGCCCGCGGUCACUACACCAUCGGCAAGGAGAUCAUUGACUCCGUCCUGGACAGGAUCCGUAAACUACCAUAA